CGUAUACCAAGCGCGCCCUAAUCGGGGAAGAAGCUGACGGAAAUUGCAGAAGGGAGCUCCACGUUCGCUCCCCCAUCCGUGACGAGCUAUGGCGGCGGGCGCGGCCGAUGCGACGAUCCUGGAGCUGGACCCUUCGCACGAGCGCGCCGGCCGCGUCAUCGACGACAUCGUGCGGCUGGAGAAGAGGAUCUUCCCGAAGCACGAGUCGCUGGCGCGCUCGUUCCACGACGAGCUCAAGCGCCGGAACACCGGCCUGAUCUACUCGACGUCCGGCGAGGAGGUCGCCGGGUACGCCAUGUACACCUGCACCACCUCCCUCUGCGCCUCCAUCACCAAACUCGCCGUGAAGGAGAGCUGCCGGAGGCAGGGCCUGGGCGAGGCGCUGCUGCAGGCCGCCGUGGACAGGUGCCGGAGGCGGCGGGUCCAGCGGGUGUCCCUCCACGUCGACCCGGCAAGGACGGCCGCGGUGGCGCUUUACCGGAAGGCCGGGUUCCAGGUUGACGCCACCAUCGAAGGCUACUACUCUGCACAGAGGAAUGCCUACCGGAUGUACAUGGAUCUCUAGAGAUCAUCCGGAUCAGGAUCAGAGCAUCAAGGCCUCUUCACUUGGCCGAUUUCCCUGUUGCUGAGUUUCAAAUUGCCUUUUUCCUCUCCUGAUUUUACUCAAGGGUUGAGCUUAUUCAUUCUGUGAAAUGUCUGCGCUCCAACCUCCAAGUGGCCCCAAAAAACAAUACUGUCGGUAAAAGAAACCUGUGGAUGUAUUCACUUAUUAUGAUCUUGCAGUUUCAGACUUAACAGAUAUUGCCAAAAUGCAAAUAUUGUUGCUGAAGAACUCAGUUAACAAGCAGAGUUUCUUUGCAGAUAAUACCAGCUCAGUUACAAGCAGCUGUUGUAUCACUUUGUCAGCAAGAGAAUAUGAUUUAAUGCAACUUCGUUAGUGUAA